GAAUAAUGAUAAUUAACGUGGUUGUAAUUGUUUGUUUAUCAAUAUGACGUAAUUGGCAUCACAUGCUUUAAUACCUGUACAAAAUAUGCAAUUUUCUUGUCCUGUCUUCAAACAUGAGGCCGACGUCUUCAAUGGGAUCAUGGCGGCCCACAUUUUCCCAUCGCUGGCCGAUGUUCUAACGGAAUCCCUAAGUGCCGACGACUUCGGACCUUUGGACCUCUCCUUAAACAGUAUGACGGGAACCGCCUCUGACGCUCGUGGACUGGACGAGAGUGAUUUCUUAAAUCCAACAGCGCUAUCAGAAGAAUCGAGUAUUUACGAAUUAUCUCAGCCUCAAGACCUCCUCGUACAUUUCCCUAUGUGGUCAGUGUCACAACCACUGGUGAACAUUGAUGAUUCCAGCGAACUUGGACGCGUGCAGUACGAAGUUGAGGUUCCAGCUGACGGAUCUUUGACGUCAUAUCCACACAGCCCCGGAUCAACGGGAGAUAACUCAGACUACAGUUCUGAUUCUUCAGGCGAGGCGAAUCACCCUCGAGGUUCCGGAAUGAUAGCCCUACAAAGGGUGAACCUGCCAAACAGGGACCCUGCUCUAUCAGAGGUAGAAAUAAAAAAGGAACCCAACAUGGGUCUUCCGGAUCCGUCAAUAUUACCGUCCAAAUAUUAUGACGACGAGGAUGAGGUCAUGAGUGAGACGGACAGUGACGGACAUUCGAGUAGUUCCGAGAAAAAGAAACGUCCAGGCAGAAAGAAGGGGCAGACAUCCAGUGUAUACCAUCUGUGGGAGUUUAUUCGUGACCUUCUACACGAUGACAAAUACUGUCCACGAAUCAUAAAAUGGGAAUCGGAGGCGGAGGGAAUAUUCCGGGUAGUGAAGUCAGACGAGGUAGCAAAGCAAUGGGGCAGCAAGAAAAAUAACAGAUCUAAGAUGACGUAUGAGAAACUAAGUCGUUCUUUGAGAUAUUCCAGAAAAGAAGGAUAUUUUGCAGAUAUUCCAAAAGACCGAGGACUUCCGAAGAAACUUUGUUUUAAAUUCGGACCUAAGGCACACGGGUGGCGAAAAAUGUAGUAUGUCCUGUAACAAACCUAAUUGUAGAAGGAUAUUACAUUGACGAAUCAAAAGGACCGUUACAUAGCGUGUGACAAACGGCAGCAAACUGACCCGUGAUGAGAUGUGAACCCCGAUAGUGUGUGCGGUGUAUGAACCCAUGUAAUCUCAUUUUCACAGCUGACUAUUUUGUAAAAUAUAGAUAUGUACAAAUUUGAUUUAUCACCGGUGUCAGACAUGAUGCAUUCCAUUGUGCUAGAAAUCCGAGAGAUUGAGAGAGAGAGAAAGAGUGAGAGAGGGAGAGAGAUUUAAUAGAGAGAGAUAUUUCCUUUUACUAUAUGUAUACACACAUAUAUAUAUAGGUCGUCUGCAGUUCUAGACGCUAAGCUUUGAACUUCUAAAUAAUAUUCUUCGACAGAAAUUUAAGUAAAUAGUAGAGGUAGAUAACGUUCUAGAGAAAAGUAGAGAUAUUGAAACAAUAGCCAUACCCCAUUUAGCUGCUGUCUGCAGAAUGUGUUCUAGUUUUAUGAAUGAUAUUUUAUUUGAAUAGACUUUAUGCACUAAUGUAAAAUAUUUUAAAAGUUUAACAAAAUGUACAAAAGCAUGGUAAUAAACUCCUUAUAAUUUGAAAUAACAUCACAUGACAUUUAUCUAUGUACAAACUGUGGGUACU